AUGUCCCGCGUCCACACCUUUCUCACCAUCGUCUGCGCCUGCUGGGUAACCCUAUCUUACAACCCGCGCAUCGAAGCGUUUGUUAAUCAUUGCGGCAUGCAUCGCUUGUUUCAAAACCAGGGGUCAAAACCAAAGGGUUUUGAAACCCUUUCCACCGACGCCAACUGGCAAAGCAGAACAUCUGAGCGCAACCAGAUUGCGAAAAGUGCACGCAAUUACACAAAACUCAGUAAAAUCAGUAAAUCUUAAUUCAUUCCACCGCCCAAUUACAUGCCCAAUUACAUGCCCAAUUACAUGCAUCUUCCUCCCAUAUCGCGGCCUUCUGGCCAUCGCCCACCACCAAGCCCUCUUUCGCACCAUCGAAUCCCACCGCUUUCGCAUUCCUCCCCUCUCAAGUCACCAUGGUCUCCGCCUACCUCCGCUCCUAUGUCUCUCGCGCCGCCACCUGGAUGGAGCUCGUGAUAGUCCCAUCCUCGAUCGCCGCUGCCUACUUCGCUAUCAGCGCCCAAAAGCGCGCGGCCGUCCGCCCUCCCGAAUCCUCUUGACCGCCCCCUUCGCCCGCUCCACCGUCACAUUUCCUCGCCACCUACCCCGAGCCGACUCCUUGCCUCGCGCCGCUCACUUCUGCAGCCUCAUAUUUCCGCCUUCUCGAUCUCCUCCGCCGCCGCCGCCGCCACCGUCGUCGCCGUCGCUGCCGCCGCCUCCUCUCGCACCUUCCGGCGCUCCUCGCGCCACUCGCGCACACGCUUUACCGCCACGUGAGCAAAACCCUGCAUCACGCCGGACAGAAAGGGGCCGGUAGCUUCUUUCGUUACUUUCAUCAACGAGUCGGACGCUGUCGGCUUCUCUUUGCUGCUGGUCACGUUGAAUUCGGACGCCGGGGAGCUCAUUUUGGAAAGGUGGGUGAGUGGCACGGCUUGAGGCUCGGGGAGAGAAUCGUUGCGACUUACAAAGGUGUUGAUCGCUGGGACGUGUCCGGAAGUGCCGCUUGUGGGCAAGUGCGGGAGACAAUCGCGGUCUCUUGUUAUCGGGGCAGAGUGGUGCGUGACUGGUGUUGUCCGACUGAAACUCUUAGAAAAGUUUUUAAAAUUAAACCACCAAGCACGAUAUUUUUA